UUUAGAGGGCAAAGUGGAUACUUUUCUUAUUAACUAAAGUCUUACGACAAAAAAAAACUUAGAACAUUUUUAAUUAACCUUGAAAAAUUAUGUGCGUUUGUACUAUGUUCUCUUUUAAAAUAGUUAUAUGAGGUAAUUUUUUUCCUGCAAAAAGUUUCUUACUAUUUCCAUCUCUCCAGGGAGUGGGGGUGUUUAGCCGUUUAAUUGCCAAACUUUUUUUCUCAUAUAAAAUAUUUUAUGCAGUACGGCUGUUGAAAAAUUGCUUAGGAAAAAUUUUGAACUCCGCUUGAAAUCAUUUUUAAAUUUUAACUAAUUUACACCGUUCCGGCCGUAAAAUUCCAUUUCAUUAAAACGGGGGAUGGGAAGGUCGGAAUUCUUUAAUUGCUGGUCAACUAUGGGGAGGUAUUGCAUUACUGGGCAUGAAUAGACCGCUUUGCGUGUGAUAGAUAGGAGACAUUUUCCUCGACGAAGCAUGGCAUCGGAGUGGUAUAGGACUCCUUUCUGAGAAGAGUGUGCGUUCUCCGUGAAAUAUACGGUUGGCUUUCUCUUUCUUCUGCAUUUUUAAAUAUGGGAGACCUUUCCAUGUGGAGAGCACUCCAAUGACGACAAUAAUCUAUUCUAGUGGCCAGCUGUGUGAACAUGGGAAAUUUUAAAUUUGUAGAUCUUUUUGAACAAGAUGAUUGGCCGAUUUUACCCCCACUGAACUCCGUGUAGUACAUGUGUGCCUUGUGCCACCUCUCUCUCUCCCCGUUGUUUCACGAACGAUCGACUUCUCUUUGCAUACUACCGGCUUCCCAUGAGCUUGUGAAGUGGUUGACUAAUAUAUGAGCGGAGUUGCAGAAUGGUCCAAUUCCGAUGAGAGAAUGCAGAGAUCUUACAGAACUCUUCUUCAAAGAAGAGGAGCUUUGGCGAAUUUCUUCUUGUUGAAGAAACGGCUAUACACAGUCUCCGUCCCCCUAGUCCUCAUUUCAUGGGGUCUCAUAUUUCUUCUGAAUUUGUGGAUGGGACUUGGUGACGGAUACACGUAUAUUAAAGAGGCUUUCACAUCCAAACGGAAUGGUUCCUUCUAUACCGGAGAGAGACAAAUCUUUAAGUUAAGUGAACGAGAUGGAUUGGCACAAUUAGUGCUAAAACAUGCCCUUGAUGAUGAACAUGCAAAGGAUGUAGAUUCAAUAGAAGGAAGCAUUUCAGAAUCUGUGGUAAUCCGUUCCUUCGGUACAGAAGGUUCAUGCAUUCUUCUCAAUUAUGGAAAGGUUCCACCGGAAGCAGCGGAUGAGGAAGCAGAGAGCCAGGAAAAUUUUGUGGAAGAACAUGUGAAAGAGGACACGGACAGGAACCAUGACCUGUCUGCUUUUGCAUUACUUGACCUUGAUGAAUUCAAAAGUAAAGCUAUCAGCUCAAAGGGCAGACCUGAGAGGGAUCAGCUUAGAAGCAUAGUUCACAGGUUGGAGCCUGGUGGGAAGGAGUACAACUAUGCAGGUGCUUCGAAGGGAGCUAAGGUCCUGGAUUGCAAUAAAGAAGCAAAAGGUGCGUCCAAUAUAUUGGAAAAAGACAAGGACAAAUACCUCCGGAACCCAUGCUCUGUAGAGGAGAACUUUGUUAUUAUUGAACUUUCAGAGGAAACCUUGGUAGACAUGAUAGAAAUUGCAAAUUUCGAACAUCAUUCUUCAAACUUGAAGGAUUUCGUGCUACUAAGCAGUUCGGUUUAUCCCACAGAGAACUGGACCCAGCUUGGAAAGUUUCAAGCAAGAAAUGUACGGCAUGCCCAAAGGUUCACUCUUCAAGAGCCAAGGUGGGCUAGGUACCUGAAGUUAAAUUUUCUCACUCAUUACGGUUCAGAGUUCUACUGCACAUUGAGUGUUUUUGAAGUGUAUGGUAUUGAUGCAAUUGAGAAGAUGCUGGAAGAUUUGAUGCCUCAUCAUGAUGAAGCACCUAGGUUAGAAGAACCACCAAUGGAUCAGACAUCUAUUCAAGGGAAUACCGGUCUGGAUAAUAAGAAUGAGCUUAAUAAACCAGUAGACGGGCCAGAUUCUUCUUCUUACCUGACGGGGUCAUCUCAAGAACUAUCGGAUUACAACUCUAAGCUUGAAACCCAGAAACAUGACUUUUCGAAGAGCUUUAACCAUGAGAUGGUUGCUGAAUUAAGACGAAAGCAUAACGGAAGAAUGCCUGGAGAUACUGUACUUAAGAUACUGAUGCAGAAACUCAGAUCGCUAGAUUUGAAUUUCUCUGUCUUGGAAAGAUACAUCAUAGAGUUAAACUCCAGAUAUGGAGAGGUUUUUAGGGAGUUCGGUGAAGAGUUAUCUGAUAAAGAAAUACUUGUACAGGAUAUUAGAUCAAUAACAGGGGAUCUCAGAAAAAGCAAUGAGGUCAUUGCUGGAGAUGUCGAUAACCUUUUGGCUUGGAAAUCUUCUUUUGGUUCUCAGAUGGACAAGUUGAUUUUGGAUAAUAGAAAUCUCAGACUGGAAAUAGAGAGUCGGGCAUCUGAUCAGAUGGACGUGGAGCAUAAAGUUCUCAUCAUUCUUCUGUUAAGCUUCAUAUGUGGGGCAUUAGCUUUCCUCAUGGUACUUGCAGGUCUUCUGGCAAGUUUUUGUAGGACAACAAACUCCGUUAAUGCCUGUAGAUCAAGUAAAUAUUGGAUUUUGUUUUUGUUCUCUACCAUUUUAAUCUCAAUUAUCGUAACAUAGUUGUAAAUCACAGCUAUAUAUUCGCUAUCAAGCGGUCGGCAUUGUACAAACACCAUCAUCUGAGCAUGCUUUUCUCCGAAGGGUGAUAAAUUGAGUAAAUGCACAUCUUGUUUUAAAUGUUUCUGUUAAA